UUCACCAGCAACUUUGAUGUGUGUUGCUUGAAUUUCCAGCAUCUGCAGAAUUCCUCGUGUUUACGUUAGUACAGAGUGUAUGGUUUGCGGGAGCUUGCUGCGUUAAAGGAACUACUGAGUGUUCGAUAUGAAAACAUAGACUGGAUUUGAGACAUGUGGUAGGGGGGAACCGGAGCUUGCAGACAGCUUGAAUGGCACUUUGGUUGCCCAGAAAUCUCCGCGCUUCAGGAUUCGCCGCCUGUGACCUACCGAUUAAAUGCGCAUGCGGGUAGGUCGCCGAUAGGUGACGAAUAUCGUGCAGGCACUGAGUGGACUAAAGGUUCCGGGUGAAGUUCUGCUGAAGGGUCUCGUCCCGAAACGCCGACUGAACUCUUUUCCAUAGGUGCUGCCUGGCCUGCUGAGUUCCCCAGCGUUGUCUGUGUGUUGUAAAGGUUCUGGAAGAUCGGCAGCAGGUUGGAAACGGCAAAGGAUUUGCAAACGGAAAUCUCAAACACAACAACACAUCAGUUCUUCUGUGUGUGUCCAGAUAUUUCCUUAACACCAAUAUAUUUGCUAUCGAUCCUUGGAGAUGAAGACGUAUCUCAUCCCAGCUGGACCUGUGUUUUGUGUCUGAAAGGAAACAUUCUGUUUUAACUCAGUGAAAUUCGCUGGAACCGGGGUGCUGAGAACACACCAGCAUUUGUUCACCAGAGAUCAGUUCAUCAGCUGCAAUGAUUUUACAAGGGGCUAACUUCUGACUUGGUGAAUUGUCAGACAAUUGAUAGCAGGGAGAUAUCAUUCACCUGCUCUUAAUGUGGGAAGGUAUUCACUCACUCAGUCCACCCCUAGUCACAGCAGUGAGUUCGCACUGUGGAGAGGCCAUUCACCUGCUCUGUGUGGGAGGGGAUAUACUCAGUAUCCAGCCUGACGAUAUACACCAGAGUCAGAUCAUUCAUCUGUUCUUCUGACUGCGGUAUAUGACUCAUUCUGUCGUCCAAGCUGAAGGUGCAUCCGAAAAUUCACCCCAGUGAGUGACUGCUCACCUCCUCGGUACAUGGGAAGAGAUUCCCUCACGCAGCCCACCCGCAGACACAGCAGUGAGUUCAGGAGGGAGACAAAUGUUCCGUGUAUGGGAAGAGAAUCACUCUGUUAUCUGAUCUGCUGACACACCAGUGAGUUCACACUGAGGAGAGGUGUACAUCAUUUUCUCGAAAUGUAGGAAGGGAUUCACUCAGUAAUUCCAUCUGUAGCUACACUGGAGAGAGACUGUUUCCCAGCUCAGACUGUGGGAAGGGAUUCACUCAGUCAGUUCAAUUGAAGGUACCUCAACGAGUUCACACUGGGGUGAGACAUUCACCUGUUCAAGCUGUGGGAAGGGACUCGCAUAGUCUCCCCACCAGUCAAUUCACACUGGGGAGAUGCCGUUCACCUGCUCAGAAUGUGGGAAGGGAUUCACUCGGUCAUUUCAACUAAAGGUACAUAAGCGAGUUCAUACUGGGGAGAGGCCCUUCGCCUGUUCUGAAUGUGGGAAGUCAUUCACUCAGUCCUCCCACCUACAAGCACACCAGCGAGUUCACAGGGGGGAGAGGCCGUUCAUCUGUUCCGAGUGUGGGAAGGGAUUCACGCAGUUAUCCAACCUACAGACACACCAGUCAGUUCACACUGGGGAGAGACCGUUCACCUGCUCAGACUGUGGGAAGGGGUUCACUCGGUCAUCUGACCUACUGGCACACCAGUCAGUUCACAGUGGGGAGACGCCGUACAUCUGCGCAGACUGUGGGAAGGCGUUUACCCGGUCAUAUCACCUGCAGAGGCACCAGUCAGUUCACACGGGCGAGAGGCCGUUCAUCUGUUCUGUGUGUGGGAGGGGAUUCACUCAGUUAUGUCACCUACUGUCACACCAGUCAGUUCACACUGGGGAGAAACCGUUCACCUGCUCAGACUGUGGGAAGGGAUUCACUCGGUCACCUGAGCUGCUGGCACACCAGUUAGUUCACACUGGUGAGAGGCCGUUCACCUGCUCAGACUGUGGGAAGGGAUUCACUCAGUCAUCUCAACUGAAGGUACAUCAGCGAGUUCACACUGGGGAGAGGCCGUUCACCUGCUCUGAAUGUGGGAAGGGAUUCACUCGGUCAUCUGACCUUCUGGCACACCAGUCAAUUCACACUGGGGACAGGCCAUUCACCUGCUCAGUUUGUGGGAAGGGAUUUACUCGGUCAUCUCAACUGAAGGUACAUCAGCGAAUUCACACUGGGGAGAGGCCGUUCACCUGCUCUGAAUGUGGGAAGGCAUUCAAAAGGUCAUGUCACCUACAGACACACCAGUCAGUUCACACUGGGGAGAGACCGUUCACCUGCUCAAACUGUGGGAAGGGAUUCACUCGGUCAUCUGACCUACUGGCACACCAGCGAGUGCACACUGGGGAGAGGCCGUUCACCUGCUCAGACUGUGGGAAGGGAUUUACUCAGUCAUCUCAACUGAAGAUACAUCAGCGAGUUCACACUGGAGAGAGGCCGUUCACCUGCUCUGAAUGUGGGAAGGGUUUCAUUCAGUCAUCCAGCCUUGUAAAGCACUACCGAGUUCACACUCGGGAAAAGGUUUAAAUAAGCAGCCUGCUGGAUAUUUAACCCUCACAGUUUCUGAGUCCAGAGACACUUUCGAAAGUGACAAUUGUGGCCAAUCACUGCGAUGUUUGCGGCGUCUCAUCACACCCAGUGCUCCACACUUGUCACUGGUAUGACAGGAGCUUCUCCUGCAGGUGUUCAGCUUUGAUCCGACUGGAAUUUAGUAACCUGUAUCUGUGACAAA